GGGCUGGGCCGUACCACGGGGCGCGGGCGGGGAGGGAGCGGCCUGUGAGCGAGGAGCCGUGUGGCGGCGCGAGGGCUCUCGGGUGUCUCCGGGCCGGACCGGUCCAGCAUAGCCCCAGCCCCGCCGCUACCGGUCCCCCUCUGUUCCCUCCGCUCCUUACCAGUGCCCGGCCCGGUGUCUGGGAGGAGCCGGGCCCGCUCGGAAGAACGCUGACGCGCUCAAUGCCCAGGGUGAGGGUCUGCGGCGAGGAGGAACUGGGGGGCUUCGGGUGUUCUGUUGGAGCAUACGCUGCACAUUUAUGGCGAUUCUGAGUGUGAGGGCAGAAUUCUGCCAGGCCCAGCACAGCAUCCUGGCUGACAAGUGAGCUGAGUGCAGUGGCUUCCACGUGCCAUAAUUACUUUGCCUUGAAGACUCCGGACACAGUAGAUACUCAGAUAUAUGGGAUAUCUUCUGCACAUUGGAAGCAUUUUCCUUUUACUGACUCUAGCAAAACUAAGCAUCAAGAAAACAAAGUGGAGAGAAAAUCUGCCCUUACUUUUUUUGCCUCACCAGUGCCUAAAUGUAGAACAGGCUGCCUAGUCUUGCAUGUAGUCCGAGUUUUGGAGUCUGAAGGGUACCACCUGCAGCAGUUGAGGCUGAAGUUGAAUUCAAGUGGAUUCUGAAGCAAACCAGCUUUUCUAGCAGUGAAUUCUUUAAGGAACAAACACGUCAAAGCAAGCUCUGAUCUGUCCAAGGCAUUUUAGUGGUCUCUUUAAUGUUUUCUGCUGUGAAACCUUUCCAAGGUUAUUGAUUUUUUUUUGAUUUUUUUUUUUUUUUAUUAUUUUCCUCAAUCUUUUGGCCCCUUACACACUUCAGUUGCCAUUAUGAACCGUCCAGCCCCUGUGGAAAUCACUUAUGAGAACAUGCGUUUCCUGAUCACUCACAACCCAACCAACACAACCCUCAACAGGUUCACAGAGGAGCUCAAGAAGUAUGGAGUGAGAACCUUGGUGCGAGUUUGUGAAGCCACUUACGAUCAAGCUCCCAUCGAAAAAGAAGGAAUCCAGGUUAUAGACUGGCCAUUUGAUGAUGGAGCACCACCCCCCAAUCAAAUAGUUGAUGACUGGCUCAACCUGUUGAAAUCCAAAUUCCGUGAGGAGCCUGGCUGCUGUAUUGCUGUUCACUGUGUUGCAGGGUUGGGAAGGGCUCCUGUACUGGUUGCACUUGCUCUCAUUGAAUGUGGAAUGAAGUACGAAGAUGCAGUUCAGUUUAUAAGGCAGAAAAGGAGGGGAGCUUUCAAUUCCAAACAGCUGCUUUACCUUGAAAAAUACCGGCCUAAGAUGCGAUUACGCUUCAAAGAUGCCAACGGUCACUGCUGUGUUCAAUAAAGCAUAAUCCCAAACGAAGGCAGAAGUUAGCAUGGCUCUUUUCUGGACUCUUGGCACCUGGAAAUGUGAAUCUGGAAUCAAACUACGUCAUCAGAUUGGGGGGCGUCAGUCAAUGACCUCAGCCUCUGUCCUAAUGGUGGUGAUGAUUGAAAUACAAUAAAAAUUAAAACACAAACCUAAGAGCAACAUUUCAGUGAAGGAUUGUUUUCUCCUUGAGCUGCAGUUGGAACAUCUGCAGGGAGAAAAUCAGUUUCUGAAUCUUCUGUAUUUUUAACUUUUUAAGAAAAGAAAUAAAGUAAAUUUUAUGUCUAAGGAAAACCAGCAGAGCAUUGGCUUUUGCAGAAACUAUUUUCUUGAUUGGAGGAAAUUUCCCAAGAUUAGGGCCUGAUAAAUUAAUUCCUGUUUAAAAGGACUCUUUGAAAUGGAGUUGCCUUGUUUUUCACCUUGCUGGGCCCUGGUUGAGGCACAGGAGGAGCAUUUGGUGCUGGAUGGGAGCAGUCCUGCAGCCUUAAGCCCAGCCUGGGCAAAUUCUAGAGACUAGGUGAUGUCUGUUGUAUGCGUACAUGGUGUUCAGGCUCUGCAGGUGUGAGAAACCUUCCUGUGGGCUUGAACAGAAGAUUCUCUGCCUGAUACUUCUGGUGACUCUGCUAAAGGCCUUUUCUGAUGGGUACAAGGUUGUGCUUUAACUGAGUGUGUGUAGCACAUGUGUGUCUCUGUCUUACUUUUCCAAAACAUUUGGCUGAGAUGUUAAUUGUCUUUCUGUUGUUAGAAAAUCUAUCCUGGCAGAAGACCGAUGUCCAAGGGGUGAUUCAGACAAGGACUUAAAAUGAAUUGAGCUGUCAUAAGAAAGAAGAAAAGGCUUUUCGCUGCUGUCCAGAUUCUCUGCCUUGCUGAACACAGUAAAUGAGGAUUUUGGGGGAGGGUCUCAUUUGUAUCGCAUCUGAGGUAAAGGUGGGAUGCACAUAGAAAGGUGGUCCAUGAAUAAAUGCCUUGUAUGGGUCUUUUCCCAGACUAGCUCUCAUGUACAGCUCCAUUUAGCCACUGAUUUCCUUGUUUUUUUAUUAGGCUCUUUUGGAGGGAAAAUCUCUUGUUACCCAACAACAUGCCUCUCGUUCACCAUUGGCAGGCUAGAAACGCACCCAUUUUUGGAGUGUGAUGGCACCAUGUUCUCUUUGUAGGCCGUUGGUGUUGUCAGUGAAUUAAGACAAGUCAUGUUACAGCCUCUAAUAAGUAGUUUCAACCAGGCUGCUUCUACCAAACACAUGUUAACUUUGUGCCCUGCCCUAGGAGUGACCUCAUAUGCUUUGAACUUGACAUUAUAUCUGUAAUAUUGAGCCACUGAGUGCUCUGAAUACAGGUUUAGUGUCCUACUCUCCUGUGAUCUGCUGUGAAGUACCAAAGGUUCUUGUUGGUCUGGAUCUGUGGCAGUAGAUUGGUAUCUGUCUCUACCUAUGCUUCAGCUUCGGGUGAUGUGAGCUGCUUCAUAGGAUUUCUUCCUAUUCCAGAUUUCUGCUUUUAGACUUCAGGUUAACUGGGCACAUGUUUUCAGAACACAGGUAAUGGCCUUUUACAAUUCUAUUCCUGGAUUUAUAAAUUUAAGCUAAAAAUAAUGGCACUUGUGAAGCCCCUCCCCUCCCAGAGCUGCUGGCAGACCUGUUUAAGGUCCAUGGCUAGAAAACACCAAGCUCCACAGAGCUUGUUCUGAGCCUGACUCAAGCUGUGGUGGUGUACCGAGUUCCUUCCUCCCUUUAAGAUGUGUAACGUUUCUGAUUAAUAGAUGAAGACACAGAAGUGUUUGUGAUGUCGAUGCCUUCAUUAGGGAAAUAACAUAUCUGGUUGUGUUUGAGUCCAUAUGAAAGGUAGAUGAUGCUGAAAGGGGCUUUACCCUCCCCUUGCAAACUAGAAACCUAAUGUUCUAACUGUUUCUGCAAAGUAAAAUGGAUGUUUCUAGUAAAAUGAAAUACAGGUAGUUAAAGCUGGGUUGGCAGAUGAUGGAAGUCAGGUUGGAGGGGAAGGUGUUGAUGGAUUAAAAACCAAACCCUAAGCCCUUCUGAAGAACAAUAAAAUCAAUUUUUACAUGCUA